AAAGUAACUUGAUCUUUCCUCUUCACUCUCCCUCUUUCUUUUUCUGGUCUUUUCCCCUACUUUCCCUGUAGUAGUUUCUCCCUUUUUUUCUUUUUAUUAAUUAUGCUAAUAUAGGUCUUCUCGCAAGCUGGGAAUCUAGGUUUUAAAGGAUUUGCAGAGAAGUAAUUUAUAGAUGCUCAUGGGUGACGAGGCUUCUGCUUCAUAUAUUCAUUUGGUUCAUCAUCUGAUAGAAGAGUGUCUAUUGUUUAACAUGAGUAAAGAAGAGUGCAUGGAUGCUCUCUCCAAGCAUGCAAAUAUCAAGCCGGUGAUUACCUCUACAGUGUGGCAAGAACUGGAGAAAGAGAACAAGGAGUUCUUCGAGGCUUACACGAGGAAGAGAGAACAAAGAGCAAAUGAAAUGGAAAUAACACGAAGCAUCCAAAACAUGCUGGGUAACCCCUCCUUGAGAGACAAGAAGAACUAGCAAGAGCCCAUUAUCAACAGUACUCCUACAAUUCCAUAUAAUGAUCAUAAAUAUAUAUAUAUAUAUAAUGAUUUUUAUGAUCAUAUAUGGUUUACCCAAUUUUCUUUUCUUUAAAAGGGAGAAUAUAUAUAUAUAUAUAUAUAAUCCCUAUGUCUUUUAGAUAUAUCUAUUGCCUGCUCAUAUGUCAAUAGAAGGCAAGUUGUAGGUAGUAGUACUACAAGGUAGAAGGCGAGUGAA